AUGAAUGGUAACUGUGGACUCGAUGUCUCCUCGCUUGACCGCAACAGGGAGCCCUCUCCGGUCUGUGCUUUCAAGGAAAGAGGAAAUCGGUGGAAGACAAUAGGCAAAGCAAAGUCCAUCCCAUCACCAUCACAGGUUCCAAAUCGAUCAAGAUUCUCUGCCUUCUUCCCCCUGUCAACGUCGUCCUCGCCCCAAAUUCUAGGCGGUUCGUUCGUCAUCUCCAUAUCAUUUUUUGACCUCUCGACUCCACCGCCGCCAAUCAAACUGCAGCAAAAGGCUCCAUGA